UGCGCAAAGCGAGCUGUAAACAAUGCGACCCUUCUAGAGCGUCUGAGCUAUUCCACAUAAACGUAUAAUUGAUCGCACACGCACAUCUGCGCGUUCACACCGCACAUGGCAUCACCUUUCAGUGCCGCUGAUAUUACGGGUGACGUUUUCAUCGCGAUUUCUUUAGACGUUUGUCAUCACCAUUAAUCACGCUCGUGGAACAUACAGACAAAAACUGUUUGGGCGUGACGCGUCGGUUUCGGUAAACUUUUUAAUGUCGUGAAAGUGUGUAGAGGAUGACGUGGAGUGAAUGUAGACGAGUUUCUUCCUACCAUUCACUUAACGCACUUGCGUUUUCGAACAAUACUGGGGAGAUUGACGCUGUCAGUCAACCGCUGUUGUGACGCGUCUUGGCGAGGCGGCGUGACGUCACCGAAGUAAAGGAUUUCCUAGGAGCACCAUGAUUGUAGUAGGUUACCGUAGCAGCAGAAGCAUGGAAGCGGUUCUGAGCAGGUUGAAAGGUCUGAGUGCCGACGAGCUGCGGGAGGAGAUACUCAAAUCCAACCUGAAGUGUGGCCCCAUCACUGCCACCACAAGAGCCAUAUUUGAGCGCAAGCUGGCCCGGGCUUUGGUGGAGAAUGCUGGAGUCACCGAACCUGACAGUAAUGGUUCCUCUGUGGGGACGGGCGAUUCUGGGAGUGUCAACCCCGCCAAACAGCCACCUGGUGCCACGUCGGCAGCCCCGGAUCCGGAUGCCGAUUUUGGGUACGGUUUGGGUCUUAACCCUCCUGAGGAGGAGGGUCUGAUGGAGUCCAGUGGAACGGUGUGUUCACCUAAUGUGGAGACCUCGAAGUCUGAAGCACAGACUCCCUCGAAAACAGCAGAGACGUCACCCAGUCUUUUCUACGGGGUGUGCCCUUUAUGGGAGGAUGUCCUGGCUAGGAAUGAGAGAGCUCACGUAUAUACAGAUAAGAAAGAGGCUUUGCAGGCUGUUAAAAUGAUGAAGGGGGCUCGAUUUAAGGCUUUCUCCAACCGCGAGGAUGCAGAGAAGUUUGCCAAAGGCAUCUGUGAUUACUACCCGUCACCUAGUAAAAGCACCCCGUGCGUUUCUCCCGUCAAGCCUGGCAUGGUGUUUGGUAAAGACCACACGUCUCUUGUAGAAUCUGACACGAUCAACAGGGAGAAAGCGAACAGUUUUAAGAGCCCUCGGACGCAAGAUUUGACUGCGAAGCUGAGGAAAGCUGUGGAGAAGGGAGAUGAGAUGGCCUUUUCUGAGCUGGUCUGGAGUAACCCUCGAUACCUCAUCGGGUCCGGAGACAACCCAAGCGUAGUCCAGGAGGGCUGCAGGUAUAAUGUGAUGCAUGUGGCCGCUAAGGAGAACCAGCCGGGCAUCGUCCAGCUUCUGUUGGACACUCUGGAGAAUCCGGAUUUCAUGCGGCUCAUGUACCCGGACGACCCAGACAGCAUGCUGCAGAAACGUAUCAGAUAUAUAGUGGACCUGUAUCUCAAUACGCCAGACAAAGCUGGGUUCGAGACGCCUCUCCACUUUGCGUGUAAAUUUGGCUGCCCGGAUGUGGUAAAUAUACUCUGUUCUCAUCCUGACAUCGACAAAAACUGCAAGAACAAGUACAACCAGAAGCCUUCUGAGGUUGUUUGUGAAAGAAUGAGAGAAAAGGGUAAAUGUCAGGAGAUCAGGCAGAAGAUAAAUGAGUAUUUAGAAGAUCGAUUAUACAUCCCGUUAUUGAGAGCCACAGAUAACUCCUCCCAGCCUGUGAUCGGUGCACCUUGGUCGCCUGAGCCAAUGGAAAACCUGUCACCACGGUUACCCAGAAGCCCAAAGGAUCCAAUUAUGGCAGUAAGGGCCUUUGCUGGGCCUUUAAGUCCAUCUAAAGCUGAUGAGUUCAGACGGGCGUGGAAAACACCUCCAAGAGAACGAGCAUAUAAUUUCCACAACAUUUUAAAGUCAGACCCUGACCGCGGUGCAGAAAGAGUUGGACGAGAUCUGGCCCAUGAGCUCGGUCACCCGUGGGCAGAAUACUGGGAUUUCCUGGAUAGUUUUGUCGAUUUGUCAUCUGCUCAGGGUCUGAAAGCCCUUGAAGAGUAUCUCAGUAAAAAGGACUUUAGGGAGCGCGCACACGAGAAGGCCGGAGAGAACGAAGCUAGCAACAGGUUUAAAACCCCAUCUCCAGGAAAACUCAAAAAGUUCUGUAACUCCAUCUCUGUUGGGGCAUUUCUGGAUGAGAGUGAGGACAUCAGUCUGGAAGAGAUCAAAAACAGGCAAAAUGCUGCUCUCACCAGCAUCUCUUCCGUCUGCUCUAAAGAUGGCCUGCAGGGGGCGGUAGGGGGAAUCGAGUUUCACAUCCUACCCAUUUCUCAUAAUGCUGAUCUUAUAGAGGCGGCGGCGGAGCAGGAUCUUUUGCUCUCUGAGAAAUCUUUAAUUUCAAGCAGUAAAAACGGCCUGUGUGAGCAUGGCCCCGGAGACAGGAAUCCGAACGGGGACAAAAUGUCCCCUCGUAUCUGCAGUGCCACAAAUUCAUGUAUGCUGUCACCUAUCUCAAACCUAAUGGCGGAGUUUGAAAGGAUGUCCCUACACGACGAUCUAGACAGGACCAACAGGGAGAGGAGAAGAAGCGGCGGCAAACGUUACAGGGACACCCAACCCAUAGAACUCACGUCUGGGUUGGGCCGCCUCUCGUUGUCGUCUGAAGAUGACUCUGUGUUUGAAAAAGGCAGGAUGUCGCAUUUACCAGCAGUGGAGAAGGAUGGAGUGGAGACCAGAAAUGAGGACGAUGCAAGGUCCAGUGCGAGUUCGGGAGAAUACUUUCUGGCCAGUGAGAGGCUCGAUUUUCUUAACAAACUGAGCGAUGAGUCGCCGGGAGGUGAGCGCACUAUCUGUGCCAGAUCAAAGUCAUGGGAUCAUGGGGGCAGAGACCUCAGCUCUUCAGGAUCCUCCAGCUCCUAUAGAUCUCUAGAUAGUUCUCAGGACUUCAUAUUGAGGACUCCUCCCAGAGUGACGAAAAGACUUUAUAUCGAAGGAGAUUCGCCCACUAAGUUGGACCGAGAGGUUUUGUUGGCUUUAGGAACAACAGAUGUUGACCCUUCGAAGUAUCCCAUCAUUCACAAAUGGAAGAGCACAGUUCAGACAUACUCUCAGUCAGACAUGCAAAGCUGGCAGACCCCCGCUGUGUGCAAAAGUAAUUUCAGGGCUCACUCUGUAACCCCUGGCUCCCCUGCAAGCAGUUUGAUGUCCACGGCGAGCCGUUUUAGCCCAGCCCGUCACCUGGGCUCUCCGGACUUCUGCAGCCCUGGACGCUACAGCCCCGCCCAUUCAAACUAUAGCCCCGUAAGCUACAUCCAACGGAUCCGCCUCAAACAUUUCGGUGACGCCCCCAUUUAACAAACACUCCCCGUCAUGUCCAACCUCACCCUGAAUUUCCACCAACUAGUAACUGCCUAAAAUAACAAACAUUACCGAGUACAGUGUGGCCUGUUUGAAAGGAUGCAAUGCAGCAGAGGUCAAAGAUGUCAUGAUGGAAGCUGGAGAGACAUUGGGAUCGGCUCAUACUGGACUCUUGUGCUGGUACGAUUUCAAAACAGGCUGUCUUUCAGUUUUCUUCAGGUUCUUGUGUAGAACACAACUAUAUGCACAUCCCCCAGGGGUUCCUGAAUCAUGAUGUGCAUAUUCAGUUCUCCUGUAAUGGUUGUAUAGACUUUUUCUAAUCUAAUCUUUGUUUUCUAGUUUCUUUCUUAUCUAUGUGUGUAUGUAUGCUUGGGAGAUUUAUCUGUGGAUUUAAUGGAAACUAAAUUGGGCAAAAUAAAUAAACACAGUAACCCAGAGCUAAAUUAAUAAUUUAGAAGUAAAUUAUUGAAUUACUUUUGUCAGUUAUUUGUCAGUAGCACAACAAAUACUCAUUCUUAAUGGGUAUUUCAUUGUUUUUAAGUAAAAAAGGUCAAUAGACUGCCAUAUGUUGUUUUUAUUCUUAAAUUGGGAAACCGCCUUAAAUUUCUAAAAAGAAGACCAAGUGAGCAAGUGUUCAUUUAUGCAUUGUUAAUAGCAGCCUUAUAUGUUGGGGUACAAUAUAAAAGAGAUCUAUAAAAGAAGGAAUGUGAAAUAUUCCCCUUUUUUAUUUGUUAACUUCAAUAAAUGUGGUAAUUUCUCAUUA